GAGGCGAUCGCAGUCCGCGGACACGGACUGGUUAAUCACAUCAGCCCAGCCCGGGGGCCCUGUUGAUACUACUUUAAUACCCAGCUACGGUGGGCACGUAGCAAAGGCUAUAUUUGAGGGAUCGGAGCGCACCCCUCCGAUUUUGGAAUGUCGUGCUCGGAAGAAAACGUUGGAUUCAAUCAUUAGACUUCAGGACAUGUCUGAUGAAUUGUACAGAGUGUUACCUGGUACUCCCCUUGGUCGGCUGCCGUAUAUAAUGCACCAGCACAUCGACAGUGCUCUCAUUACGGCAUUUGUGGAAAGGUGGCAGCCUGACACGAACACCUUCCACAUGCCGUGGGGGGAGAUGACCAUAAUGUUGCACGACGUGCAACGCAUCUUGGGAAUUGGCAUUGACGGUUCACUUCCCGUGCAACCGUCUGAUAAUGAAUGGCAGCUUGGCCUGGCCGGCCUUUUUGGUAUGCCAUUGUCGGAGCUGCGUGCGAAGGGGCACUUCACAAGCGGCAGCAUUAAUGUUGGUGCACUGUUGCAGCUAUGCCACCGUUCUCAGUCUAUGGAUACUCAACGUACCGCCUACUACAUGGCUAUAGUAGGUUCCACGUUGCUCGUGGAUAAGACUAGAGUCGGGAUGCGUCCUCACCCUGUUGUUACUGUUACCGCUGAUGAGGCUGAUAUUGCUUGGGGUGCAGUGACGCUUGCUCACAUGUAUCGCCAACUGGGUAUGGCGACAAGGACUGGGUGCAAGACUAUUGCUGGUUGCCUGACACUGUUGCAGACAUGGAUUUACGAGUACUUCCCAGCCUUCCGCCCCCAUCCGCGUCAAGCUGACAUGCCGAACAAGACAAGGGCAGAGAUGUGGUCCCCGCCGAAGCCAAUCCGCGAGCUGAGCAGACUGAUAGACUGUAGGAGCAUACUGGAUGCCAUGACAGAGGCACAGGUGGAGUGGACUCCGUACUUGACUUAUGAUAGGUCUUUAUUGAACGAGCACCCACGUACCUCGUAUAUCGGUGGUAUCACCUGUUUCGAUAUCGUGGAGGUCUAUUUGCCUGAGAGGACAGUGAGGCAGCUCGGUUUUGCACAGGAGAUUCCCCCGGCUCCGCUGAGACCUACCCAAGCUCUGCGACCAGCACAGGGCUCCUACUCAGUUACAUUCGCUUCUUCCUGUAUGUUUACGGAGAUGUGGAGUAGGUUCCCUUACUGUGCCCGCGUAGUGGAGCAGGCACAGCGUCGCGCAUCGGUUCCAUCAGAGGCUGCCCCGGAUUACGUGGACUGGUUUAGAGUGUCUUCCCACUGUUUUCUUAUCCCAGGUGAAGGACCUGCUGCUGCGUUUGGUGCUGCUGAUAACAGAGUCGAAUAUUUUGCUGCUGAAUUUCCAACUCGACUUGCACCAUUGCUCAGGAUGCCAGCUAUUGCUCAAAUGACGCCUCGGGAAAGAGAUGCUGCUGAUUGUAUUUAG